GUAAUAUCAACGCAUUCAAUCGCUUGUGUCUCUGAUUACGUUCCUACGAGUCUAUAAACAAAAGUACAUACUUGUUCUAAUAUGAUAAUGGCCGCCCAUUCUCCUGUGCAAUCGACUGCUACUCCUCCUGCAAGCACAGUCUCAAACUCUUCGCAUUCACAGCAUCGUCAUAAACUUACAGCAUCCACUGGUUCACUAGCCUCGCUAUCUUCUGCUCAUACUGCUCCUGAGCGUCCUGCUUCAAUUACUGGUGCAUCCGCUUUGAAUCCUGCUCCUGCUCCUGCACUGUCGUCAACUGGACCCCCUGUCGCAAGUCCUGUUGUGUCCAUUGAUGUGAAUUGUGCUGCUGCUGUCUCGUCACAAUCACCAUAUUCUGGAGGAAUAUCACCUCCAAUCUUAUCUCCCACUAACGGUGGCCGUUUUGGCUAUAAAGUGUCCGACUUUCAACUUGUCAAGACUCUGGGAACCGGCACAUUUGGUCGUGUAUACUUGUGUCAGCUCAAGGGCUCUUCUAAACACUAUGCCAUGAAAAUGCUACGAAAAAUUGAGGUGGUUCGUCUUAAGCAGGUAGAACACAUUAUUUCCGAAAAAACCAUUCUUUCUGCAAUUCGCUUCCCCUUCAUUGUCAAUCUACUCUGUACAUUUCAAGAUCAGCAAAAUGUCUAUAUGCUUGAAGAAUAUGUAGUUGGCGGUGAGCUUUUUUCACACUUGCGUCGCGCUGGUCGCUUUAGCAAUGAUAUGACCAAAUUCUAUGCAUCGCAAAUCACUCUUGCUCUCGACUACCUUCACUCCACAGACAUCAUAUACCGUGAUUUAAAGCCUGAAAACUUGCUUCUCGACAUCAAUGGAAACAUUAAAUUGACAGAUUUUGGAUUUGCCAAAGUUGUACAUGACAGAACAUGGACGUUGUGUGGUACACCUGAAUAUCUUGCUCCUGAAAUUAUUCAAUCAAAGGGGCACGGUAAAGCUGUCGACUGGUGGGCUCUGGGUAUUUUGGUUUUUGAAAUGCUAGCUGGGUAUCCACCGUUUUUUGACGACAAUCCUUUUGGAAUUUAUGAAAAGAUUUUGCAAGGCCGUAUUGCCUUUCCGUCGCAUAUUGAUCUGGAUGCUCGCGAGUUUAUUAAACGAUUGCUUACUCCAGAUCGGUCACGUCGAUUGGGAAAUCUAAAGGAUGGAGCGCAGGAUGUUCGAGCACAUAAAUGGUUUCAGGGGGUGGAUUGGCAAGCCAUUUUGGAUAGACGGAUUGGGGCACCCAUUGUUCCAGUCUAUAGUCAUCCAGCUGAUACUCGUAAUUUUGAAUCAUAUUCUGAGACGGUUGAUGAAACCAACAGCUCGAUCCCUUUGGAACCUUUUCAACACUUGUUCAAGGACUUUUAAUUUACUGUCACAAUAUAUUCUCUUGUUUUGUUUC